AUGUCGGACGGCGAGCGCGUCUGGCUGGUUGGCCGCUGGCUGGACGGCGCCGGCGAGGAGGCGGGCGCGGCGCCGUUCUACGCACCCGCGGAGGCGCUGCACCUGCCGGCUGAGGGGGUGGCGAAAGUGGUGGCGGGGCCCCACUGCAGCGGCGCGGUCAGCGGGGACGGGCGGCUGUUCCUGGCGGGGCGGCUGCUGGACCGCCACCAUGGAGAGUCGCUGCUGCACAAGCACGGCGGCGCGCUGCGGGAGCCCGUCGACUGGGCCUGGCCGGGCUUUGGCGGCGCCGUGAUGGCGGCGGUGCCUGGCGUCCAGGGGGUGGUCGACGCUGCGCUGGGCGGCUGGCACGCAUGCGUCCUCUGCGAAUGA